AUGAACUUCUUGGUGCUCUCCAAGGUUACGGUCAAUCUGCCAACAACAACAAUCGCAACAAAUGGAUGGUCGAUUCCGGACGGAAUUGAAUUGGCAGAUCCAGCAUUCUUCCAGUCCAAGAAGGUGGACAUCGUCCUUGGCAUUGAAUGCUUUUUCGAGUUCUUUGAAACCGGUCGAAGAAUUCCCCUGGGAGACAAUCUACCAGCGCUGAACGAGUCGGUGUUCGGCUGGGUGGUAUCCGGUGGUCUCUCGGUUCCAUGCAACUCCACGCAGGUGAAGUGCAACGUGUCAACCUCAGAGAAGAUGGAAACUCUGAUGGCACGGUUUUGGUCGGCUGAAGACGUCGGUUUGGACGACGCGUUCUCUCCCGCUGAAAGACGCUGCGAAGAGAACUUCCAACACACGGUUCAACGGUUAUCCGACGGUCGGUAUUUCGUUUCCAUGCCCAAGGUCGAAGGUGGAAUCUCCAGAUUGGGCGAAUCCAAGGAAAUUGCGUUGCGACGGCUGCACGCAACCGAACGCAGACUGGCAAGGGACGCCAAUUUGCGGAAACAGUAUACAGAUUUCAUGGACGAAUAUCUGGAACUGGGUCACAUGUCCAAGGUCGAAGAAACAACUCCAACCCAGGUCAAUCGGUGUUUUCUACCGCACCAUCCGGUGGUCAAGGAGGCCAGUACCACCACCAAAUGCAGAGUUGUUUUCGACGCUUCAUGCAAAACAUCUUCUGGAGUCGCACUGAACGAUGUGUUGCUGGCAGGGCCGGUAAUCCAAGAAGAUUUGCGCUCUAUCAUUCUGCGGAGUCGGAUCAAGCCGGUUAUGCUUGUGUCUGACGUAGAGAAGAUGUUCCGUCAAAUCAUGGUCCACCCAGAGGAACGGCCAUUGCAAUCCAUUCUGUGGCGUUUUUCUCCGGACGAGGAAGUUGGCAUCUACGAGCUGAAAACCGUCACUUACGGCACCAAGCCCGCUCCAUUCCUCGCAACCAGGACGCUAAAACAACUAGCGACGGAUGAUGGACCUCGAUUUCCGCUUGCUGCACGGGCAGUCAACCAAGACACCUACAUGGAUGACGUCAUCACCGGAGCUGAGGACGUCCAAUCAGCAAUCGAACUUCGGAAGCAGCUAGACGAGAUGAUGCUACGAGGCGGUUUCAAGCUUAGGAAAUGGGCAUCAAAUCGACAGGAAGUGCUAGCUGGAAUUGCUGAGGAAAACCUAGCGAUUAGCAUGGAGGAAAUCAACCUUGACACGGACCCUGGAGUGAAAACUCUUGGUCUCACAUGGAUGCCGAAAACGGACACGCUAAAGUUCCAGUUCAACAUUCCCGAUUUGGACAAAGUGCCUGAGCUCACUAAACGCUUCAUUUUGUCAACAAUUGCCCUUCUUUUUGACCCUCUUGGACUGCUAGGACCGGUCAUCGUAACGGCCAAGAUUUUCAUGCAAUCUCUGUGGACGUUGCUGAACCCGAACGGAGAACGUUUGGAUUGGGAUGAGGCGGUACCUGAAAUGGUGGGUGAGGUCUGGAGGAGAUUUCAUUCACAGCUCGCUUUGCUCAAUGAACUUCGCAUCACUCGUUGCGUCAUCUGCCCUGAAGUGUUCAAGAUGGAAUUGCACUUCUUUUCUGACGCAUCUGAGAAGGCCUUUGGAAGCGGUGCGUAUUUGAAAAGCGAAGAUCCAAAGGGCAGGAUAUCCGUGAACUUGCUCACAUCCAAAACCAAGGUGGCACCGUUAAAGAGCCAAGCGAUGCCAAGAUUGGAACUUCGCGGUGGCGUUUUGUCUGCUGAACUCUACGUGCAAAUUCUGCAAUCGCUGAAGAUCAAAAUUCCAACCUUUUUCUGGGUCGACGCCAUGUGCGUGUUGUACUGGCUACAAUCACCACCAUCAACAUGGGUCACUUUCGUCGCCAACAGGGUGGCCAAGAUUCAAGCUCUCACGGAAGGCUGUGUCUGGGGACACGUGCCUGGAGUUGAAAACCCCGCAGAUUUCCUGUCACGUGGAGUCAUGCCAGCAGAUCUCAUCGACUUGGUACCAUUCUGGAAGCCAGGCUGGGUAAAGAAGACGAAUGAGCAACGCCAACCACAACCGAAGAUCGUGACGACGGAAGAAGCAGAAGAAGAGCGAAGAAACACUGCGGCAUCGGUAGCUGCAGCAACUACGGCUGAGUUCAACGUUUGGUUCAUCUCUCACUUCUCUUCGUAUCCCGAUCUGGUCAGGCGUACGGCGUAUUGGCUACGCUUGAAGGAUCUACUUCGCAUGCCCAAGGAAAAGCGGUUCAAAUCGGACUUGUUGACGGUUGCGGAGCUGAAAGAAGCAGAGUUCGCAUUAAUAAGGCUCGUUCAGAAGCAAGUUUUCGCUGAUGAAUGGAACAAACUAACCAAGGGAAAACCAGUUGCGAACAGUUCACCACUGCGGUGGUUCAACCCGUACAUUUCCGAUGAACAGCUCAUUAGAGUGGGAGGACGCUUACGCAUCAACUCACACGACUUCUUUUCCGACAUUUCCACGAGAAAUUGCUUCACGCUGGCCCACAACUGGUGUUGGGAGUCGUACGAUUACGCUUUUGGCCACUUGGGGGCAGAAGUGUGA